GGUAACAAACGGUGUCGCACCACAGAGAUGGCCACUGCAUUAUUUCGCUCGGCACACAUCGACUGGAGUAUUUCUUCUGAACUUAUUUAUUCUCUAAAUCAAUCGAAAUCAGCUUUCCAAGCUACCAGAUUAUUGCGAUCUUGUCGAAACAAACCAUACCAGACAAUAUGGUUCAAACCAAUGGUCAGAGGUUCCACUGGAAAAGUGAAAAGUCCUAAGACUUUGAAGUCUUCAUUGUUUACACAGUUCAGUAAACUUUUUAAAAGGCAAUUUCCAGUGACCCUUGGAAAGAGAGGAUGUUUUCAUCCCGGUGCAUCAAUUGGAUCGACAAACUCUAUCAGUUUAAAAAAUGCAAAAGAAGUGACUGGAAUUGAUAUCAUCAGAGCAAUCAGCAAGCAUGUGUGGCCGAAAGGCAAGUGGAACAUCAAAGUGAGGGUUUCAAUUGCCAUCUUGUUACUUAUCAGUUCAAAGCUAUUGUUGGUCCAAGUGCCAUUUCUUUUCAAAUACAUCAUUGACAAUUUGAAUGGCUCAGAGGAAUAUCUCAGCCUGAUUGAUGCUCCUUCGACCAUUAUCACUGUGUCCACAUCAUUAAUUAUUGCCUAUGGUAUAGCUCGGGCCGGUGCCAGUGGCUUUAAUGAACUCCGCAAUGCUGUCUUUGCCAAAGUAUCACACAAUUCCAUACGAGAAGUUGCUCGCAAUGUAUUUCUUCAUUUACACAACUUGGACCUGAACUUCCAUCUCAGUCGCCAGACAGGUGCCUUAUCUAAAGCCAUCGACAGAGGAACCAGAGGCAUCAAUUUCACAUUAACUGCUUUAGUCUUCAAUGUGGUACCCACGACCUUUGAAGUUGCUUUAGUCAGUAGUAUUUUGAAUUACAAAUGUGGGGGACAGUUCACUUUAGUUACCUUGGGUUGUAUUGGCUCAUAUGCAGUUUUUACAUUUCUUAUAACGCAAUGGAGAACAAAAUUCCGGGUUCUCAUGAACAAAGCUGAUCAAGAAGCUGGUACAAAAGCUAUUGAUUCUUUGAUUAAUUAUGAAACUGUCAAGUAUUUCAACAAUGAGUGGUACGAAGCUCAGAAGUAUGAUAUUCUGUUGGGCAAAUAUGAAAAGGCCUCCUUGAAAACAACAACAAGCUUGGCUGCUCUGAACUGGGGGCAAAAUGCUAUCUUCAGUGUAGGCUUGACGGCCAUUAUGUACUUGGCUAGUAAAAAUGUCUUGAAUGGCACAAUGACUGUCGGAGAUAUCGUAAUGGUAAAUGGAUUGCUUUUCCAGCUAUCCUUGCCACUUAACUUUCUGGGAUCAGUCUACAGAGAGAUCCGGCAGGCUCUCAUUGACAUGCAAACGAUGUUUAGCUUGCUUAAUUUGGAAUCUGCUGUAAAGAAUGCAGAAACAGCUCCGACCCUUGAUGUUUCUCGAGAAGAUUCGUCCAUAACAUUUCAAGACGUCUACUUUGAGUAUGUCCCCGGACGUGCUAUAUUUAACAACUUGACUUUCACUGUACCCACUGGCAAGAAAAUUGCUAUCGUUGGUGGUAGUGGCAGUGGGAAGUCUACAAUUGUCCGGCUGUUGUACCGUUUCUUUGACCCCCAGAAAGGUUCCAUCUCUAUAAAUGGUCAAGACGUAAAGACCGUCACGUUGGACAGUUUGAGAAAAGCUAUUGGUGUUGUUCCACAGGAUUGUGUGUUGUUCCAUGACACCAUAUACCAAAAUAUCCAAUAUGGUAAAUUGGAUGCCACAAAAGAAGAAGUCUUUGAAGCAUCUCGCAUGGUUGAAUUACAUCAAACCAUUGAAGAUAUGUUUCCUCAGAAAUACGAAACACAGGUUGGAGAGAGAGGAUUGAAGCUUUCAGGAGGAGAGAAACAACGUGUUGCUAUUGCUCGGACUAUUUUGAAAGACCCUAUCAUAAUUGCUUAUGAUGAGGCAACAUCAUCACUAGAUAGCAUUACAGAGCAGAAUAUCCUGAGGGCUUUGAAAAAGAUUGCAGAAGGACGUACAACAAUUGUUAUUGCUCACCGCCUCUCCACUGUAACUGAUGCAGAUGAGAUUUUAGUGUUGGACAAAGGGACCAUCAUUGAAAGGGGCACACACCAACACCUAUUAAACCAACCGAACUCUAUGUAUUUGUCCAUGUGGCUCCGUCAGUCCAUGAAUCAAGACGAUUAUGAGGAAUUGAUCAAAAGUCAUGAUCAGAAAAACAACUCAUAGGGGACUAUGAAGACUGGUUGGCAUUUCUGAAAGAUCUAACCAAAGAAAAUGAUUGAGUCUAAGAAAACUUAUGAUUAGAAUGUUUUGAGAAAAAUCUGUUGGUAAAGUUCACAAAUAGAAUAAGUCUGUGUGCUGUCGUGUAAAGUGCAUUUUAAUGUUUCAGAUCAGGUUUUUUUUUAAACUUGAAAACAAAAGGCCAUCCAGCAAACGUUUCUUGGUUUCUUCUUUGAUGAAGUCUUGAUCAAGAUCCUGCUCAAAAUGUUAGAAUUCAAUUUUCCGAGCAGCACUUGACAUCUAUAUAUAUAUAUAUUUGUUUUUAACCAUUCCACACAGUCUGUUGCUGCUGGACCUGGUGGUACUAUGUGAUCAUGCUGCUACAUUUAUUAACUCUUCUGGCUAUAACUUUGUUGUCAGUGUCUUAACCUUUUAUCUUCUUUCAUAAAUGCUGUCAGCACUGUAAACUCUGUAGUCAGAAAUUACGCCUUUCAAAGUUCACAGCAGCUGAUUGCACUGUGUCUAAUUGCUACUAUUGCUUCUGUUAGUAAUCCUACUGCCAUACUAUUUUAAAUGUAAAAUAACUUUUUUAAUGUAAAAUAUCUAAUCAUCAGUGAGUUAACCUUUCCAGAGCUCACAAAUUCUGUUGGCAUCAAAUCCCCUGCAUAGAACUGCUUCAGUUAUAGAUGCUACUGUCAGUGUGUUAAUCCUUCCAUAGUCCACAGCCAUGCUGUGGACUAUGUCAAGGCUAACUUUCUUCAAAGCAUAUCAUGUUCCUAAUAGGUUAAUUCUUUCAUAGUCUACUACAUAUAAGUGGAAUAAGUUAGCUGUGAGAGGGUGAUUAGCUUCUGUAGACAACUCCCAAGCACCCUCCGGACCCAUAGUUUGACAUUUUAACUUGUCAGGCAACUUCUUUCUGCCUCUUCUACUUUCACUUCAGGUUGACCAUUGCCCUGUAAGUGAAAUUUGACAGAAAGAAACUGUAUGGAAGUCUGCUGUAUGUGUGUCUUCACAUUGAUGCUGCUUUGGGCAACAGCACUAAUAAUUUUACUCUAGACACAAUCUUAGCUGCUAGGACCCCUUUUUUUCUUCUUGUUGAUCUGCCACUCUUCAACCUAUUUAGAAUCUCCCAGUUUAUGGAGUAACCUUACAAUCCCUAUUUUAGUUAUUACAGCAUUUUAUUGUACAUAUAAAUUUAAGCAAUACCACAAAACCCACUCAAUUCUUCUCUCCCUUAACUAAUGCCUCACUCUAUUAACCAACUCCCUAACUCACUGCUACUAUUAUUCCCCCAUCAUUUGCUGAAACUACAAGACUACGGUGCUACACUUUAUUGCAAUAACAAUAGCAGCCAAUUCUUAGUCUGCUCCUUUUCAGCACACAUAUCAUUACAUUCUUCCUCCAAAAGACUUUACUCAAAAUGUCCUAUUUCCCUUCUUCUUUCACAUCACUAACUUGUUCCACUUUGUCAACCUUUUGUACUUAAUUUUUGCCAACAUUUACCAUCAUGAACUUCCUUAGAUUUUACCGUUUUAUUGUAUGUUGCAAUUUUAUGGGUGAAGUCUUUUGUCUGACAAAUUAAUUUCUUAGACUUUUAAAGGGCUCCUCCAUAGAAUUGCUAUACAUAGUCUUAGGCCAAAUUUGUUCCUUGGGUUUUUAACACCAAUCUCUGAACAGCAAAGUUUAUUGUGUUUUACAUUAGGAAGAGAGUCAUGUUAUCCAUUAAGCACUCAAAACACACACAUGCACAUGCAAAGAUGCAUUCACUCUUGUGUGUUAUGAAGUGAUGGAUUGUCAUCACUCUUCAGAGACCUGAUCAUUGACUCUGAGAAAAGAAAUUUUGUCAAUGACCAAGAUGCAGGUGUAUGAUAAAAUAUUUUUACCCUUUAGAGUACACAAUUUCUAUAAAGAGAAUCAAAUGAAAUUGUUGAGUGUAACAAUUUUAAAGUUUUUUUUUAUUGUUUGUCAUCACUUUUCCACAAUGUAAUUUAGUUUCAAACAAGUACAAAAACAAAUCAAUUUUAUAUGUCUUUAAUAAUUCUGUAUAUAAUUUCUGCUGCUAAUGUGUUAAAAUGGUUGUAGGAAAUACAGUGAUAGUGUGUGUGUCAAAAUUAACAGUAAAAAGAAAAGGCAAAUUUAGAUGUAAAUGUCUGUUAGAACUGGAUGUAUUUAAUAAUGGCUUGUACAUAUAACUUAUUUUACCUGUAAAUUCUAUCAAUGAAUAAACAUGAAAAGGGGGACAGAUUAUAAAAAAUAUUUAAAAAAACA